CCACCACCUGCAAACUUCCACACACCACAACCAAGCCGGUUCUCCGAGCAAAAGCCGCGUUUUAUGUCCGCACAAAUCGAGAACCUCAAGUCUUUCGACCCCUUCGCGGAAGCCGAUGAAGACACUGGCGAGACCAAGCAGUCGCAGAACUACAUCCACAUCCGUAUCCAACAGCGCAAUGGUCGCAAAACCUUGACUACAGUCCAAGGUCUGCCCAAGAAGUUCGACCAGAAGAAGAUCCUCAAGGUCAUCAAGAAGAAAUUCGCCUGCAAUGGCACCAUCGUCGUCGAUUCCGAGAUGGGCGAGGUGAUCCAGCUCCAGGGGGAUCAGCGCAAGGAUGUGCAAGAGUUUCUCAUCGACAAGAAGGAAGGUCUUGAGCUCGAUGCCAAGACCAUCAAAGUCCACGGUUUCUAGUCGUCUCUCAUCAUGAGACGACACAGGAUGCAAUGCAAAGCCCUCCCCGCUGUGCUUGUCUAUCGGCUCCCGCCAGCUUUUUUUUGAGCGUCGGACCAUGACAAACAAUCAAACAGCCAGCCAGCCAUGACCGGGUUGCCCCCAACUUUACUUGGGCGGCCUCCCCGUCACUCGCGACUGGACAUACGAUUCCGGACCAAAUCCAU